AUGGCAUCUAAACCAUCCCCUUUCGCCUCCAUUAUCAACAAACACCGCCCGGCCCUUGCCUCCUACGAGGACCUAUAUAAACACUGCCAUGCAAAUGGCGAGCUCUCCACCCAGGAGCGCGAGACGGCCGCGCUGGUCACUUCGCAUCUCAAGAAACUCCUCGGGGGUGGUGAUCUGGACAUACGCCCCAACAUAGGCGGACAUGGACAGAUCGCCAUCCUCCGAAAUGGUGAGGGCAAGACUCUACUUCUGCGUGCCGACAUCGACGCUCUGCCCGUGCAGGAGAAGACCGGGCUGCCCUACGCCAGUACCAAGACCAUGACCGACACAGAUGGGCAAGUGAAGCCUGUUAUGCAUGCGUGCGGUCACGAUUUCCAUAUCACGGCAAUGCUCGCUGCCGCGGAGACACUACUGGCGAGUCGAAGCCACUGGUCCGGCACCAUCGUCUUCCUCUUCCAGCCUGCCGAGGAAAGAGGCAGCGGGGCGCGUGCCAUGAUCGACGAUGGACUCUAUGAUCAGUCUAAGCACGCAUGUCCGAUUCCUGACGUCGUGCUAGGUCAGCAUGUGUUCCCCUUGCAAGCGGGCAAGACAGCCACGCGCGUGGGGAGUGUCAUGAGCGCGGCGGAUAGUUUCAAGAUCACGAUCUACGGAUCGGGCGGGCACGGGAGCAUGCCACACAAGACGAUCGACCCGGUGGUUAUUGCCAGCUAUAUCGUCGUGCGGCUACAAUCUAUCGUGAGCAGGGAAGUCCCGCCAGAUGAGACGGCCGUUGUCACAGUCGGAGCACUGCAGGCCGGGAGCACGGAGAACAUCAUCAGUGACGAAGCGGUGAUAAAGAUCAAUAUUCGGACUGUGAGCACCGAGUGGAGAGACCGCAUACUAGCGAGUGUGAAGAGGAUUGUAGACGCAGAGUGUAUGGCGGGACGGUGUCCAAAGCCUGCACUGAUCGAACCGACGAGUCGGUUCCCGCUGACUGUGAACGAUGAGAGUGUUACAAAGGUGGUGAGUGGGGGCUUGAGUGCGUAUUUUGGAGACGAGCAUGAUCCGAAUGUGAAGAAUGUGUUGGGAAGUGAGGAUUUUGGACUCCUGGGAAGUAGUAUCGACAGGCCGUAUUGCUUUUGGUUCUUUGGCGGGCAUGGCAGAGAGUACUACGACAGCAUGGUGAAGGAAGGCAAGGAGCAUGAAAUCCCGGUCAAUCAUAGUCCCUUCUUUGCGCCGGUGGUGCAGCCGACGUUGAAGACGGGAGUUGAUGCCAUGGUGGUGGCCGCGUUGAGCUUCCUGGGGAAGUGAACGGCAGCUAUGGCACGAGAGGUAGAAAGGAAAAGGCGCACGCUGUGUGUUCGGGUCGAAGUCUACACGAGACUGGUAGUAGAAGAAGUCCAUAGGUACCUAUCACCCA